UUAAUAUUUGUUAACGUUAUUAUACGUGCCAAUAAUUUGACUGGGUGAAUAAUAAUUGUAUUUCUUUGUAUGAUCUGUCAACUAGCUUGAUCAAUAUAUUCUAAAACAAGCUUGACUUCAUUCAGAAAAAGCAUGUUGACAGUUUCUUCGUGCUUUUCCUUGGAUUGUUUUCUCCAUUGUUUGCCACUGUUGUGGCUGAUGAGUAUGCCUUUAUUUGCUGCAGUGUGGGGCAAAUCUGUAGUGGUUCAACAAUGUUUCAUUACAUUUGUAUUAAUUGCAAGCAGUUCUGCAGUUCCUCCUAUUUUGAGAAAAUGGAUACCUUGUGUAGAUAGCUUUUUACUUGUGAUGUUAUUGAGUUGGCCAUACCAGAUUCUACCAAAUUUUGUUAUCUGGCUGACUUCACAGCUUUUUUGGUUGGUUGAACCUAUUAUCCAGGGAAUAGAAGCUUUUACUUUAGUUACAGGAACAUGCUUUCUUAGCCAAAAAGCUGUCGAGGUUAUAGAUUAUCAACCAAUGUUUGGCAAGACCCUUGUGUUGACUGCAGCAGGUGUAGCUUACAUUUUCAGUAGCAGUGUUAUUUUCCAGUUACUGUCGUCAGAAUCGACGGCUUUAUAUUGGAUAUUGGCAGUUCUUAUGGUUUUCAUGGUUAUUCUACAUAUUGCCACCAUCGUGAAGGAUGAAGGAAUUAUUAGUGAUGCUGCUGUAAUUUGUUUCUUGUCAUUACUGACCCUGUAUGUUAUGAAAAGGGAAAUUACAUCAUUAGCCGUCACUAGCCCUCCACAAACGUUAGUAAG